AUGGCAUCUAGGUUCAACUCGUCCCUCCACCAGCGCGACUCGCGCUCCGCGCUGUUCGAGGGCUACACGGGCUCCGGCGCCGACAACAGGAGGGGCAUCACGCCGAGCCCGAGCCGGGGCUAUGGCUACGGCUACCCAGGCGGGGCCUCGCCGAACGGGAACGGGACGCACCUGGGCGUCGACAGCGGCAGCAGGCCCGGCGGCUUCCGGCCCGCGACGCCCAACAGGAGGGGCCAGUACAGCGACGCGGUGCUCAACGAGCUCGAGAGCCAGAACGACGCGCAGAUCGACGGCAUCAUGGGCAAGGUGCGGGUUCUGAAAGAUAUGACAGUAGCGAUCGGCGACGAGAUCCGCGACUCCUCCGCCCUCGCGGAGAAAAUGAACGAUCAAUUCGACAACAUGCGACUGCGAGUGCGCGGCACCAUGAACAGGAUGCUGGUGAUGGCCGAGCGGACGGGCGUCGGCUGGAGGGUCUGGCUGGGCUUCUUCGCCGCGGUGAUCCUCCUCUUCAUGUACGUGUGGCUGUUCUGA